AUGGCCCUCCCCCAGGCAGACGCACACGGCACAGUGCCCCCCAAGUCCAAGAACCCCCUCCACAAGAUUCGCAACAAGGUAGACAACCUCGCCUCAAACGUAUCCCGCCUCGGCAUCACAGUCUCCACCACAUGGAACCCCAACCACCGCCACGACGAAGACUGGGAGAAAGAGGUCGACGCAAAGAUGGAAGCCAUCCGUGACUCGCACAGAUUCAGAAGCUUUGCUGGUGAAAGGAGCGACAACCUCGUCAAGUGGCAUGUCGACGGCCAUGACUACUUCUGGGCGCUGUCCGAGGCCAUUGACGGAGCAAAGGAGAGCAUCAUGAUUCUUGACUGGUGGCUCUCUCCCGAGCUUCAGCUCCGUCGACCGGCUGCCAAGUUCCCCGAAUGGCGACUCGACCGCCUGCUCAAGAAAAAGGCCGAGCAAGGCGUCCGGGUCUACGUCCAGGUCUACAAGGAGGUCGAUGUCUCCAUGACACUGUCUUCGAAGCACACCAAGCAUGCGCUAGAGGACAUGCACGAGAACAUCACCGUGGUUAGACACCCGGAUCAUUCGUCUAAUGAAAUCGUUCUGUACUUCUCCCACCACGAAAAGCUCUGCAUCGUAGACAGCACGAUUGCUCUGAUGGGCGGUCUCGAUGCGUGUUUUGGUAGAUGGGAUACCCACAACCAUCCUUUGGCCGAUGUCCACCCGACCGAGUUCUGGAGGACGCUGUUCCCCGGACAAGACUACAACAAUAACCGAGUCAUGGAUUUCCAGACUGUGGACAAGUUUGUCUCCAAUGCGCUUGCCGUACAAGAAACUCCCAGGAUGCCUUGGCACGACGUGUCGCUAUCCAUGAUUGGCCCCUCGGUUGUCGACCUGGUCCAGCACUUUUGCGAGCGAUGGAACUUUGUCAAAAAGUUCAAGUACAUGCACAACCACAAGAUAGAGUGGCUUUCUCUUCCUCACCCCUGGGAGAAUAUCUCCUCGAGAGAGAAUCAGGAAACGACCGAGGCCGAAAACGAAUUCCGUCUCAACCACCCUCAUCUCGCAGAGUGGAAGGAAGCCGGUCGCCAAUUCUUCCAUCCUUACCAUUUCCCGCCGUCCGACCUCCCCCGAGCGGACGAAGCUGUGCCCCACGGUACCUCGCGGGUGCAGGUACUGAGGUCUGCUGCUGACUGGAGUCACGGUAUCUUGCGUGAAGACAGUAUCCAGCAAGCCUAUAUUGGCUUGAUUGCGGAAGCGAACCACUGUAUCUACAUCGAGAACCAGUUCUUUGUUACCACCUGCAAGGAUGGGCAGCCGGUAGAGAACCUCAUUGGAUUGGCCCUUGCCCGGCGUAUCAUUUCGGCUGCGAAGGAUGGCAAAAAGUUCAAGGCUCAUAUCCUGAUCCCCGCCGUCCCCUGUUUCCCUGGAGAUAUCUCUACCGAAUCUGGAAUCAAGGCCAUCAUGGAGGCGCAGUAUCGAUCUAUCAACAGAGGUGGCGCGUCCAUCUUUGAGAUGGUCCGCGAAGCUGGCUACGAUCCCGAGGAAUACAUCUCUUUCUGGAAUCUGCGAUCCUACGACCGCAUCAAUUACCCCUACGCCCGCAUUAAGCGUAUGGAAGAGCGCUCAGGCGUCACAUUCCAGGAAGCCCAAGUUGCCCUUGCCAAGAUCUACGUUGGCGGUGCGGACGUCAAGGGCGACGUGGACGAAGUCGUCAAUAUCGAGCAGCCGCACGACCAGACCACUGGGGCUGAAGAUAUCGGAAAGAAGGAAACGCAGAAGGCGGUCAAGCUGCCCAAGACGGUGGAGGAAGCAAGGGCGAUCAUCGAAAAGUUCCAGGCGGCUGCGGCGAAUGACGAUAAGCAUGUGUCUGACAACGUCUGCCAGCAUGCCCUACAGGACAAGACCACCUUGAACGACGAGCAGUGGGACGGUUCAGAAGAGGAAGAGCUUUCUUGCUUUGUCUCCGAGCUGCUGUACAUCCACAGUAAACUCAUGAUCGUUGACGACCGCCGAGUCAUCUGUGGUAGUGCCAACAUCAACGACCGAUCCAUGAAGGGUGAUCAUGAUUCAGAAAUUGCCAUCGUCAUUGAAGACUCCACCAUGGUGGAGUCGCUGAUGGAUGGCAAAAAGUAUAUGGCGUCUGCGUAUGCUACUACCUUGCGACGAAGUCUCAUGCGAGAACACCUCGGUCUCUUGCCCCAUCAAGAAGCCUUCGACGACGAGACUCAGCCCACUGCGUCUAUGCGUCCCGCCCCCACGCCUCACGUUUACGACUUUGGUUCUCAAGAGGACAAGAUGGUCGAAGACGUCUUGUCGGACGAGUUCCUGCAGUUGUGGGUGGAGACUGGUAGGAACAAUAGGGUCAUCUUUGAAAACAUUUUCAAGCCUGUUCCGGAUGAUAGCAUCCACAACUGGGAGCAAUACAAGGAGUACCUCAAGCCCCACACCGGCGUUUCUAUUGGCCACGUUGUCAACAAGGACUUGUCGCUCCGGGAGGUCAAGGACCAGCUCUCGCGCAUUCGAGGUCAUCUCGUUGACAUGCCCAUCAACUUCUGCCAAGACCUGGAGUGGAUGACCGAGGGAGACUGGAUGACCGUCAACCCUUACACCAAGGCGCUGUAUGUCUAG